CAACUUCACUUUCUUCUAUCUUCUUCCUGGCAAGGCAUGCUCAACUGUUUCAUUUCCGGUUUCUUCACUGUACUCUCUAGACCUGUCCUCGCAGAUCUCUCCUUCUAUGUCAUCUGCCAACAAGCGAGAACUGCUAUUUGCACGCGCUCAAAUUGUUACUUGUAGCAUGACAUAGCAACCGAGUACUUCUAAUCCAGCCAUUCGCCACCGAAUAAGAUCAGCCACUCUGCUGCCUACUCGUCGAAUGACAUUGAAACCAAACCUGCUUUACUCACAGGUUACACCACCUACUUCACUCGUAGGUAUGU